AUCGGGAGACUUGUCCCGUGAUUUCCCGAGCUUCCCUGAACGCCUCAAAAGCACCGAGCAGAGCGGACGUGCAUGAUGCUCAUCAAAGCCUGGUGGCACCAAGGUUGUUUGUUUUAGAAUUACACCCUCGGCGAGGGUAUAGCGUCGCCACGUUUUGUGUCUUGUCACUUCCGGGGGAGCCUCGGGCGAAUUAGCCCAUCACACCGCCGGUGGGAGAAGUUAGGCGGCCUCGAUGCUCCGUGCGGGCAGGAUGGAGGACUUCGUCACGGAGGAAGAGGAGCCCUGGUACGACCAGCGUGACCUGGAGCAAGACUUACACUUGGCAGCCGAGCUGGGAAAAACUCUCCUGGAGCGCAACAAGGAGCUGGAGGAUUCCCUUCAGCAGAUGUACAUCAACAACGAGGAGCAAGUGCACGAGAUCGAGUACCUGUCCAAGCAGCUGGAGAUGUUACGGGAGAUGAACGAGCAGCAUGCUAAGGUGUACGAGCAGCUGGACGUGACUGCCAGGGAGCUGGAGAUCACCAACGAGAAGCUGGUGCUGGAGAGCAAGGCCUCGCAUCAGAAGAUCGACAGGUUGACGGGCACCAUGGAGACCUUGCAGAACCAGGUGGACUCUCUGACGGCACGAGUGGAGGAGUUAAGAACUCUGGAGGAGCUGAGGGUCCUCCGGGAGAAGAAGGAACGCCGCAAGACGGUCCACUCGUUCCCGUGCCUUAAAGAACUCUGCACGGCCCCAAGAUACGAGGACGGGUUCCUGCUGGCCAACCCGGGCAGCGUGGACCUCGCCGAGAGGCAGCCGGCGGAGGAGGAGAACGACCGCCUGAGAGACAUCGUGACGUCGCUGCGUGCCGCCAUGUCGGCCGAGCGCUCCAAACGGGAGUGUGCCGAGCGGGAGUGCGCCGCCGUCCUGCAGGAGUUUUUACGCCUGGAGCAGCGUCUCCUCGGCGCCGAGGGCUGCCAGCUUCGGGUUCAGGAGCUGGAGGCGGAGCUCCAGGAGAUGCAGCAGCUGAGGAAGUCCAGGGCGUGUCUGGCGGAGGAGGGCAUGGAUACGCUGCUCGGCAACGGCCCGGAGACGGACACGCCCGAUGAAGGCGCGGCGCUGGACAACGGCGGCGCCGAAGGAAGCGAUGCGGGGGGACCGGUGAGGAAAAGCUGCAGCGACACGGCCCUCAACGCCAUCAAGACCCGCGACCCCCCAGGGCGGCGGCAGACGGGCCACAAACGAGGCAUGUCCAUCCUGAGCGAGGUGGACGAGCAGUACCACGCCCUGCUGGAGAAGUACGAGGAGCUCCUGGGAAAGUGCCGCCGUCACGAAGAGAGCCUGUGCCACGCCGAGGUCCAGACCUCCAGACCCGUGUCCAGGGAUCCCUCCAUGAAGGAGUACAGCAUGGCGUCCGCUGGGGCGUCCGCGGCGGAGGAGGUCCGGGCCCCGCAGACGCCUCCUCACGCCCCCUCCACGCCAGAAGCCAUGGAGGGCAUCAGCAGGCACGUGGAGCAGGUGGACCGACGGCUGAGCCAGAACACCCCCGAGUACAAAGCGCUCUUCAAGGAGAUCUUCUCCCGCUUGCAGAAGACCAAGAGUGACGUGAACUCCAGCAAGAGCAGAAAAGGCCACAAGUGAGCGUUGAUUGCGUCACAUAUUGAACAUUCCCGGGAACGGCAGGUGGAUUGAAAUAAUCUUUUAAUCCUCCUCCGUGCGAGGUGUUUAUUUCUUAAUCAGGCCCCGCCCCUUAUGAAUUGCCAAACUGUACAGCGCCGACGCUCAUUUUCCCCUCCAGCAUGUCUUACAGGAAGAAGCAUCGUACUGUGGCUUUUGUGUACAUUAAAAGAAAUGCAUUGAGAACGUUUCCUGGAAUGAAUGAAGACGCGUUGAAGCCCAACUUCAACACUUUAAUACCAAGAGAGGAGCACGGAGCAAACGAUGCGUUCAUGACCCCGACGCGCGUACAAAAACAUGGGAAUAAAGCGGUCGCGGUAAGAAAACACGUUCCGUACUUCGGGGGUGUUUACAAACCGGAGGCACCGUCAGAGAGGCCAGGAUUUAAAAGGUGCCCAGACCCGAUGAGGAAGGCCACGUGGCAGCUGCCAAAAACAUCCUGCAUGCAGACUUGGGAAUGAUUUGGGAAAGGUGGCCAGCAUUCCGAGUCGUCUGCUCGGAGGAUUUAGACGCGCGAGCACAGAAAGACGUACAGCAAGUGGCACCUUUUACACUUCCUAGGAGAAAUGGAAAUAAGACUCGUUAGCAUCGGGAAAGCUGCUUUUCUUCCGGUAUCAUCCCACGGGAAGUAACAUUACUGACACCUAGUGACCACUGUACAUUACUACGUAGUAUUUGGGUCUUGUACAUGCCUGGAGUUUUACUUCAUGGAAUCAUUUUUAUGCUGAGGUGGAACAUUAGCUGAAUGCUAAUAGUUAGCUGUGUUAACCGUAUGAA